CACAGCCUGGUAACUAAGAUCAGAGAUCAUUGACUUUCGUUCUUCUGUUAAUCAUUUUGCCGAAAAARACCUUUAAAAUUCAUGAUUUCAACAUUGUGACGACCCUUUUUCGGCUUCAAUGUCAAAAGCAGCUUAUAAUGGAGCAAGCUAUGUAAAAACAAAUGGAUUUUCUAAUAAUGAGGAAAUACUAAAACAAGAUGUACAAAAGCAGAAAAUUCAAACAUCGCCUUUACAUAUCAAAUUAGAAGAGCAACUUCAAAAGGCAAGAAAGAGUAAUGGUAAAAAUGGUGUUAUAACGUCACAGCCCAAUGGACAUGGGAUUGCAAGAUAUAAGAAUAAUAAGACAAGACGGCACAGAUCAGACCAUAGACCUCUUUUUUCUAUGGAUUCAGACAGUGAUGAAGAAUUAACAAUAACAAAGUAUAACUCCAAGUCCCCUAAUGUAUCAAUUACUCAAAACUCAAAGGAGCUUGCAGAAUGUGAAGAAAGAUUGCUUAAAGAUGGUUACAGAUUAGAUGAAAUGUCAGAUGAAGAAGACUUAGAUCUAAUACCACCUCGUCACCUCGAUAAUCGAUGUUGUAGCACAGUGUCUCAUAGCUGUACUAUAUCGUAGCUGAUCUUUAUUCAUAUUAUUUAGAGCAUUUUUUAUAUUUCUGCAAAAACCACCAAAACCUUGGUGUUUUAACUUCCUCUUAAUUUGGUAAGAGAUGUUUUUGUGACUUAUUGGACAACUUUGAUCAGGACAUCUUUAUUUUUGACUACUCGGUCAAUCAAAACUUUGCUAACUCAGACGGUUGCAAUUUUUAUGCAGCUAUCUAGUUAAAACACACAAAAAACUGUGUUAGCUGCAUCUGUAGUAUCAUAGAAAUGUUUACCACUCUUUUCACUGCUACAUGCUGAUUGAAACAGCAGUUGCAACAGGGAAAUUGGGCAAUACAGCUGUCCCCAAUCAGAGAAUAUUAAAAAAUGUAAUGUACCGACCAAUUUAUUUGAUUGACGGAAGUGCAUUGCCCAAUUUCCUUGUUGCAACUGUCGUUUUGAUCAGCGCAUACAGUGAAUAGAGUGGUAAGCACUUUGAAUCAAAGGCCAUAAUUUUUAUGUCCGAUGUGCGGCAGAUGAAAGUCAAAGCAUCAAGUGUGAUGCUUGGAGUACGCUUUUUGUCUCAUGAUCAGUUGCAAAAACGUAAAAAUUGCUAUAAUUAUUUAAAUAGUAUUUUUAUAAAAUAUACAGUAAACGAAUGAACAAAAUAGAAUUGAAUUCAAUCAAGAUUCAAAUUUGGCAUGUACAUUAUGUAUUGGAAACAAAUAUGCAUAUAUAUACAUACAUUCAUACACAUAGCUAGGCAGAAAAAAUUUCCAAUAAUUUUCUCAUCUUAGAGUACAAACACUAAAAGUGUGCAACACUUUGCACUAUUUAGCAGUGGCGGAUCCAGGAUUUUUCAAAGGGGGGUUCCGUUUCUUAAACUGUGUAUAAUUCUCUUUUGUUUAGUCGA